UUUGCCAGUCACCAACACUAACACGAAAUCAGACAGUACGAGUUUGGAGCGGGAGUGGUGCUUUGCCCACGCACGGAGCGAUCGCAAUUGAAACGCCUCCAUGGCCAGCGCAAACUUGAGGGCUACGUGGUGUCGCUGGGUGCUGCGUCGGCGCCACGCCCGGAAACACCGCGCGACCCGACGUUUGUGGCCAUGUUGCCCAAGGCGCCUAGCGACAUGGCGCACUUUUGACGUGGCGGCCCAAGAGCGGAACGUUCGCGAAAGCAAACCCCGAAGCGUUCGUGCCCGGUCGGCUUCAAUGUCGGCCCAUAUGUCGUGGUAUUUGUCUUCAAGGGCAACGUCGUCGGCGGGGGUGAGUGAACUCAAGUGUUUGAGGGCAUCGUCGAGAAGGGAAUUCACUGUGGAAACGGACGUCGACGGCAAAAACAAGACGUGCGAGUCCAGAGAAGGAUGGGCGACGGCAUGGUGGAUGCGGCGGUGGUGGGCGAGGUCGUCUGCGAUGGAGUCGGGCUCGAUGUCGUCCACGUACUCUUGAAACGACGACGAGAUGGACGCCAUGGAGCUCGGGACAUGGAGCCGAGGGUGGGUGCCACCGGUGGACAUUGUCGAUGCAAGUGGAGUUGUGGUAGCAGGCGACGAGGUUGGUUUGGGAACUUUGACGGGUUGUUCUAAUGCAAGAUUUUCAUCCAUAGGAGUUGCCGAACCUUCUUGUGGGAUCGUCGAAGGCGUGGGGGUAUUUGUGUUUGGAGCUGUAGGGGUCUGCUGAUUUGUGGCAGUAGCGGGAGCCACCGGGGUAGGUUUCAGAGCAUCUGCCGCCGC